AUGGGGGCCACGCCGCAUCGAGUGUGGUCCACCUGCAUGUCGUGCGGGGCUCACGAAUACAAUGGCGUCUUGCAGGUGAAUAGCUGCAAGUGCUGGACAUGUGGGCGCCACGUGAGAAUCCACAAGGCGAGGCCGCCGAAGGGAGACGAUUCCGCGCUCGUCGACACCAGCGCCAACCAGCCCACGGCCGAAGGACUCUUAGCACAGGCAGCGAAGAUGACCAACGAACCCGCGCUGAAGCAGGUGUUGCACGAGCAGGCGGCGCGCAGGGCCGAGGGUGUUUGGAGGCAGGCUUCCUUUCAGUUCGAGCAGGCCACGUCGCAGGUCCAGCGCUGCAAAGAGAGCCUCGAGAAAGCUCGGGCCCGCGAGGCCGAGGCGAUCAGGGCGAUCGACGCCGAGGUGGGGCGCAUCCGCAAGGCGCGCGAGGCUGGCGCAGCCGCCGCGGCGCAGGCAGCAGACGCCCCCGAGGGCGCGCCGCUGGGCGGCGCCGCGGCCGCCGCGAGCGGCGCGGGCCAGCGAUCCCGCGGGGUGGCGGCUGAAGGCCUAGCGGCCCCUCCAGCCCAGCCGCCGAUGGAGCCGCGGGGCGCAGCUGCGCGGGCCCGGGAGCCCGAGGCGGCAGCCGCCGACGAGGAGGGGGAACAGGGGUGCAGGAUGUUAUUCGCUAGCACCACCGCUUUGGGGAAGAAGUCUUGCGCGCGCCUCAACUGCAACGAGGUCGGAGACAAGUGCCAGCGCGCGGGCGCCGCAGAGGACGUCGGUGAGUUCUGCUUUGAGCCCGGGGGGGAAGAGGGCCCUUUGGCCCGCGGGUUUAAUUUUCAGCCCGCGGCGCGGGGCGAGAGCCCCGCUCUGAUCUCGCGCCCCGCGCCCAGGUUGACGCCAGCGGAGCUGGUCAAGGGCGCGCGCGGCGUUAAGUUGGGCAGCUUCGACGCUUGGGCGGAGUCGCAGCGCGAUCUGUCAGCUUUGGAGCACGCGAGCGUUGAUCGUUUCAAGGAUUCCCAUUUCAUCGUGAAGGCUCUCCGGACCGCCUACUUGGGCGUGGGCUUCGGGGGUGGCAAGAGGCAGUUGAGGGAGACGGCGCGCAAGCGGGUGGUGAAGGGGGGCAUUCAGCACGACAAGCUGAGCCCUCCCGCUGCCUGCGACACUGACGGCGCGGCCUCUCCAGGGGGCGGCAGCCAGGGCGUGUGGGCCGCCAUCGAGGAGCAGCUCGAGGACGAGCUGCACAAGGCCCACGCCACCAGGGAGCACGUGGAGCUCCUGGCCACGGCCGAGGCCGCCGCGCUGCGCCGGCGCUCCGGGCGCGCCAGCGGGUGCCCGCCCGCCUCGUGCGGGCAGGGGCAGCGCAGCCUGUGCCUGCACCUCCUGGGCAGGAUGACGGCGCAGCUGUUGGGCCAGAGCUCGCUGCAGUGCUACUUCCAGGCGGUGAGCGUGCUCGACGACAGCUUCGUGGCAGUCGCGGGCGAGCGGCCCCCCGAGGAGAACCACCGCGUCCUCGCCCGCGCCGCGGCCGCGUGGCUCGUGGCCGCGAAGUGCGAGGGGCACCUCGUCGAGGGCACAGGCCAGGCGAUGCAGGUGGUGACGCUGUGCGCCUCGCGCUCUCCGAGGACACGGGCGGCCCCCCAAUCCUCGCUGACGACGUCAGGCGGGAGGAGCUGGGGCUGCUGA